UUACCGGCGCGGUAUCAAAAGCGUCAUUAAUGUCUUCUCCGAUGCUCACCACCCACCUCUAUAUAUACAUUCACCUCCUUUCCAUCUCCACAUCCAACAUCCAAAGCUCCAACGAACUCGACAGAAAAAUCUCAGUCUCACACUUUCCACGCACAGCACACCUGCAAAGAUUCCAUGGGCGCCAAGGUUUCCUGCUUUUCCACCCACCGAGGCACCCUCUCGCAGCAGCCACACCAUCCGGGGCCGGUCAGGGUCAUCGCCGCCGACGGCUCGCUGAAGGAGCUCCCGGCCAGCCCCCGAGUCGCCGUCUCCGACGUUCUCUCCGGCGAGGCCGCCUCCUUCUUCGUGUGCAACUCCGACGCGCUCUACUUCAACGAGCCCCCACCGGCGCUGGCCUCCGACGAGCUCCUCCGGCCGGGACAAAUAUACUUCCUGCUCCCUGCCGCGGAGCUGGGGCGGCCGCUCUCGAGCGCCGACAUGGCCGCGCUCGCCGUGCGGGCGAGUGCCGCGAUCGCCGCCAAGAGGCCUGAGCGGCGCGGCGGCAAGACCAAGAACCUGCGCUUCGUGCCGGUGCACGAGGAUCAGGUGGAAGACCGCGAGGACGUCAUGUUCAACGAGAAGCUUAACGAGCGGACGCUCGGGGAGUUCGCGGUGUCGGUGAGUCCGGCGAAGAAGAGCAACGGGGAGCUCGCCGCGCGGUCGCGGCUGAGGCUGAAGCGGGCUCUGAGCAUCAUCCAGGAGGCUGCUGACUGACUCGAGCAUUUCUACAAGAGAAAGAUAGUGUUGUUCAUUUUUUUUUGUUCCUUCAAUUUUGGAACCAUUCUUAAUUCCUGGGGCCAAACGGCCUAGGCCAAUAGUAUUAAAUUGAUUUUUGUAGAUUUAGGCGGGAAAGAACAAACAAAUUGGGAAAUAGACUGUAAAUAUCUCCCAGUGUGUAUAGUACAAUGCUAGAUGCAAAACUACCAGGAAUGCCAAAAACUGAUUCUUGAGUUCUUAUCUACUCCCUCAUUUCAUCUAUACAGGGUCUAAUGUGUUUUUAA